CUCUCCUCUACUGAAUUAAUCCUUUAUGUGAGUGAAACAUGUAUUAAAAUUUGCUUGACACCAAAUGUAAUACAUUAUAGAAUACAUGUGUCGCUGUAAUUUAAUAAGAUUCUAAACACUGUGUUUAUUUUUGUGGAUUCUUACAGAAAAAUUCCCCGUUGGUAAACAAUAUCAAAGACAAACAUCCAGACAUCAAAAUGCAGAAAAAGACUGAUACAAAUUCAUUUUUGAAAUAUGUUAGCUUACUAACUUUAACUCUUCAGAAUGCUGUAUUGGGUUUAAGUAUGAGAUAUGCCAGAACGCGAGAAGGGGAUAUGUUUUUAUCGUCAACAGCUGUACUGUUGGCAGAAGUUGUUAAACUGAUCACAUGUUUGGUGAUUGUCUACAUAGACGCUGGUGGACUAUUAAAAACGUUUCGUUUAAUAGAUCAACAAAUUAUUAAACAACCUGUUGAUACGCUCAAGAUAUGCGUUCCUUCAUUCGUUUAUCUGGUUCAAAAUAAUUUGCUGUACUUAUCCGCAUCUCAUUUAGAUGCAGCAACAUAUCAGGUGACGUAUCAGUUAAAAAUCCUUACUACUGCCCUGUUUUCCGUAUUUAUCUUGAAGAGGGAACUUCUACGUACUCAAUGGAUCUCACUUUUCGCCCUCAUCAGUGGUAUUGUGCUUGUGCAAUUAGCCCAUACCGAUGAUAAAUCUACGUCCGUACAUGGAAUGGAGCAAAAUCAGUUCAUCGGUUUCAUGGCUGCGCUGGCUGCGUGCUGCUUGUCCGGCUUUGCUGGAGUUUAUUUCGAAAAAAUGCUCAAAGGUAGUGACGUAACCGUCUGGAUAAGAAACGUCCAACUCUCUUUUUGCUCAAUACCGUUCGGCUUGAUCUCGUGCUUCUUAUAUGACGGCGCGAAAAUCAGAGAACAAGGAUUCUUCUUUGGCUACGAUAAAUUCAUACUUUUCCUAGUUCUACAACAAGCUUCAGGCGGACUUAUCGUAGCUGUCGUCGUCAAAUACGCCGAUAACAUCCUGAAAGGUUUUGCAACGUCCUUGGCUAUAGUUAUAUCCUGUAUAGCUAGUAUAUACAUAUUUGAUUUCCAACUAUCCUUCCAGUUUGCCGCGGGCGCUGGAUUUGUUAUAUUCUCAAUCUUUUUGUACGGUUACACACCGAAGAAACCAGAUAUAUCGCCAACUUAUAAAGUCUAGUAUUUUUUAAAUUCAUUGAUUAAGGAUAUGUUUAAAUAAUAUCCUUGCACAGUUAACUCGCAAUGUUUAUUUAUUUUCUAUCCUUUCUUUAGCAGUGCUUAUUUAUUUCUGAUGUUAGUACUAAUGGGACAAAUUCAUAAAGAUCUGAUGUAACUAUACUCUGUUUUUUAACCAGGAGGAGUAAACCAAAAAGACAGAUUCACACUCAAGAAAGUUACUAGAAAAGUCACCAAAUACAUCUUUUUUUUUUGUUGAUUAUCUCGGCCUUGCGGUAAUCGAGUAAUCAAUAUUGGACAACCUCACACGUCGAUUUUAACCUAACUUUGUUUAUUUAUGUUUGAAUAAUAACAUAUUUUUUUUCAAUUCACUUCCAAUAUAUAUUACAAUUAUUACAAUAAAAAAAGGACGUUUUUCACAUUUGGUCCCAUGUAUAUAUAUUUAAAUAUCGGGUGAUCCAGUUUUAUAGAUCUCUUAAGUCUAUGGUAUUUAAUUAUAAUUUAGAGAAUAUUUUGAUCGGGAGAGUCAAUAAUGUUACAGAUCUAAGUAUGUUUUUUUCUCAGAAAUUUGUGUUUUAAUAGUAGACCAAAUUCUUAUUCUGGUAUGAUCAAUUUCUUGAAUCUAGUUUUUUUUCUUACCAGAUACUUUGUAUUGAACAUUACUUUACUACUGUUCUUUUAUUGUGAUGAAAACAAAAUGGAAAUGCUUCUUAACAAGUAUACACUAAAUUUAAAAGAUAGUUGCCGUUUUUCUUAUGAUUAUUAGAUAUAAAUAACAUACAUUUAUAAACAUUUUAAACUAUAUUUAGUAUAAAUAUCAUCUAGAAAAAUAUCACAUUAAAUACUAUUCGCAUAUCACCAAGUCCAAGUUAUUACAAACAAAGAGUCAGAAAUCGAUUUAUAUAUUAGAGGAAAAUAAUAAUAAUAAAUAAAUUUCACAAAUGUCAUUAGUGUCAAUAUGUCAUAAUUUAGUGGAGUAAACUUGCCUGCGGUUGGACCAAUUGCAAACAAGCAUUACGGCGCGGAAAAUUUGAAUUACUCCUCCUGAUUAAAAAACAGACCAUAGUGACCAUAAUACAACAGUCAGGAACAUGAAAAAAUUGUCCCAAAAAAAAUUUAAAGAUACAAGGAGAAAUAAGUCAAAACACGUAAUACUAGAUUAAACAAAUCAUUACAACAUCCAAAUACUAGUACUACACUACCGAAAGAUGAGAACGAAGCAUAUUUUUGUGAAUUUGCAACUUGUAAAAGUCACACCACGUUAUGACACAAAGAACCACCACUUUUCGAAAAUAUAUGCUUCCAAAAAUAAUUGUUUGAUAACUAUACUUUCACCACGCGUGAUGUUCAACCUAGAAGACAAAGUGAAUAUCAGCACAAAAAACCAAGUUUUGCUGAAAAAAGAAAUCUUUCCAAAUAAUGAUCAGAAGUUACAAAUACCACAAUAAAAAAUUUAACGUAGUACAUACAGGAGAUUAAUUGAUAGGCAAACAUUGCCCAGACAAGAAAUAUUAAAAUAUCCUCCAGAACUAUUCUCUGAAGCAAUUUUGCCACCAGAUUUACCAGCAGCAAAUAAUUUUUAUUUAGAUGCUGAAGAAAACGAUAAAUCGUCAGAAGUUACAGAUACCGUCUAGAAACAAAUUUAACUUUGAAAUUCUUUGAAACAGAACUAUAACUGUCGUUGCUACAAGGGGUAGGAAUGUUUCAAAACUUCAUGAACCUUCAAAAGACGCAUUCCCGAAAUAAAAACUGAAUCCUAAAAACAUUAACAAUUUUAAUUUCAUCUUCUUCUGUCCAGGGCCUCUCUUACCCUCAAUCUUGCGCUGUAGAGUCAACUUUAUAAGUCGGUAUUUAUCAUUACGCAUGAUGUGGCCGAAGUAAGCCAAUUUUCUGUUUUUUAUGGUGUUAAUAAUUUCUUUGUCUUUUCUUAGCUUAAUUUCAUACUAAAUUUAAUAUACAUGAUUAAAAACGACUGUUAGAAGAAAAACAAUAAAUACUCCAACUAUUUUACGAGUGCGAAAACUAGUUUGUGUUUUGCUAUAAGAACGCUGUAGACAAUUCAAUGUUUUCAGUAAUGUCGGAUUUCAUAGUUUCGGUCGUAGAUAGACGUCAUCAGAUAAGUGAGUCAGUUCAUGAAAUUUUCUAAGACCAAUAGUAUCGAACCAAUCUAAUAAGAAUGACGUUACUGAAAAUGAGAGUAACAUUCAUUUUGGUUCCUAUUCAUUCGAAAAACAAAACUCUAUUUAAGAGAAAUGACUAUUCAAUGUUGUUCUUAAGAAAAGGGCUUGCUACUACAGUAAUAAAGGAGGAGAGUCUAUUCUACUGCUCAAGUCUAAUGACAACUGUAUUGGUGAAUACCUUCUUCAUUGUGUCCAUAAAGUUCUAAACUGUAAACCUUUUUUUUUCCUCAUUACUGAUUUUAAAGUUGUUAAAGUAAAAACUAAUGAAGAUAUCAGA